AUAAAGGCCCACGCCCAACCUUUGUUGUAUGGCACCGCCUCGGCCACAGUAAUAAAACACUUGUUGCGUUCAUGUGGCGUAAAAUUGGAUCACCCUGGAGGACGUCCGUGGCAGAUAACACGAAGUUUGCCAUAAGGAACGACGGCGACUUGGUCAUUAAGCGCAUGAACGCUUGGCUCGAGGGAAAAUACGUACAGAGUUACUAUAAUGUGACAUACGUUGUCUACCACGUCUAUAUCUUUCCACAAAACCCACGAGAAAUAUCGACUCAUUCGCGGCCAACGACCAGUCUGAGCCACCGAUCGGAAACCACUACCACAACCAGUGCUUCAAAAUCGAAAAUACAAGUUUCCCAAGGGGUAUCCCAAGUACCAACGACAACCACAACCCAAGGGCAUGCACAAACUAGCGCCUCAAAUGCUAAAAGUAAAGCUAUCAUCACCACCCCGAAAAGUCGACUGAGCACAAACAAACAAAACGUCACUUGCUUCAAAAAUCAUACAACAGAGCAGUCAGUAAAUAUUCCUAAAAAAUGCUCCUCGUCUUCUGGUGUCUCUGAUUGUUGGAAAGUGGUUAUUGGAUUGAUUUGUUUUGCAGCAUUAGCAGUAAUAUAACAUUAGUAUUUGUGGUCGUCAAGUUUCACAGGGAGCGAAGAUUUGACAUUAUUUUAUUGUGGACAAUUUGGCAAAAAAGUUGGCGAAUUCAAAUUGAAAAUGGAUUAUCUGGAAAUUGAUGAUGUAGAACAAACAACCUUGUAUUGAAAUAAGAUGAUAUAAACGUUUAGAGGUGGGUUCAAGAAAAGGGGAAAUGCUUUCUAGUGGUCCAGUUAACCAUGCUGGGUCAUUGGUGUCAAGUUUAGGUCUUUGGUGUCAAGUUUAUAUGACGUAACCGCAACCGAGGCACAAUCAAUAUAAUAAGUAGAAACGAUUUUGGUGAUCUCAUCUAAAUAAACGGUUUAUCUAUGUAUCUAUCUUAUUCUUUACUGUGAUACACAGUAUACAGUACAAGCUUCAAAUUAUAGCAAUAAAUUGCUAUAACGGCAAAGCAGUCCAACUGAGCAAGCAUCAAGUGAAUUAAAGUAGUUACAGGAUUUGGAGUCAGUUAUGCUGGCGUUUUUUAUUAUCACGUUGAUUAAUGCGAGAGGGGUCUUUGGCUUUUUCUCGUAUGACAUGUCUGUUCGUGAGGGGGAAAAAGUCAUUCUUUCCAGUGGAAUUAGUCAGGACAAUCACCCCACUGCAACCUUUGCCCUAUGGCACCGCCUCGACCACGGUAAAAAAACCCUUGUCGCGUCGAUGUGGCGGCGUAAAAUUGGAUCACCCUGGAAGACGUCCGUGGCAAAUAACACGACGUUUGCCAUAAGCAACGACGGCAGCUUAGUAAUCAAUCACAUGUUCGCGAGCUUCGAAGGAGAAUACGUACAGAGUUAUCGUAGUGUAACAUACGUUGACUACUACGUCCAUAUCACUCGAGAUAGCCCACGAGUUGACGUCGUCAAUGUCAAGCAUAGAUACGAAGAAUCUGUCAUCCCAAAUGGAGUGAAAAGAACGUGGCACAUUAACUACAACGUUUCCACAAGACAAGCCAGCGAUUGUCGAAAGACCGUGCACCUUUGUCGCCGAAAAUCUACAGACGCCGAUAAGCCGGAGAAGUGCGAGAGUGGCGAAAUUAAAUUAAUUCUUCACGUCAAUACGUGUGAGUUUACGCUGGUAUACAACGACACCAGUAACAACACAGCUCAAUUUUACGUGGAAUUUUACCCAUCGGAUGUCCAGGGCAGUUACAAUCCUGAAUUAUUUUUGUUAAGCACAAAAAGCCGAGGAGUAUCAACUGAUCCACCGAUAACGACCAAUCGAAGCCGCAGACCGGAAGCUACAACAACCAUUGCUUCAAAAAUACAAACAACCAUCACCACCCAGAAAGGUCAUACAGUUGCAAAAAAGCAAGGAGAACCUCUGUUCCCAACGGCAACCACAACCCAAACACGUACACCAUCUAGCGCAUCUAAUCCAAGCACAAAAGUACAAGACACCACUGGCUUUCCUACAACCGAGCAGUCGGGAACCAAUCCUACAAAGGCUCCUCCUCUUCUAGUAUGCCUGAUUUUUGGAAAGUGGUUAUUGGAUUGGUUUGUUUUGCAGGAUUGGUUUGUUUUGCAGUAUUGAUAGAUUAUGCGGUCAUCAAGUAUUUUCGCAGGGUGGGAAGAUAUGUUGUGUGCUGUGGACAAUUUGGCGAAAAAGGUGAAUUCGAACUACAGUAGUUGAAAAUGGAUUAUUAUUUGAUGAUACCAAUCAAGUAAUGUGUAUAGCAAAAAUGAGGAGGUACACCCCUUCCCUAAUACCCAGCCAUUUUCCCACCCCCUGUAAGUUUUGGCCUUGUUCAUAGGUGUGCAUGAUGCUGGGGGGGGGGGCAGCAAGGAGGAGCUGCCUGCCAAGAAACAUUUGAAUGAUUGAAUCCACUAAGUUGGGUAAAUUUUUAGUGAAUUUCACCAAACUUUGUGUACCUUUGGCUUAGUCAGAUAAUUUGCAAGUCAGGUUAUUUUUAAGAAAUCAUUUGCCUGCCCCCUUUUUAGACCGUAUGCCUAUGCUUGUGAUAGCAAGUUGUAUAUAAUGAUAAUUCUUAUGCAAUCUUUAUUGCCCUGUUAUUCAAAUUGGCAUGAAAAUGUGACAAGUUUCAAUGUUGAUCGAGAUAGCUAGCUUCACUGUGCAUCAAAUUUUAGAAUAGUUAUAUUUAUA